AUGCCCAGCGAACGGAAGAAGAUGACGCCCGCUGAAGCCUCAAUGCUGAUUCAGGAAGAAGUGGCUUUGGAGAGCGAGUCAGACGACACAAGGUCAGAUGUAUCCAGCGAUGACGGUGAUGAUGAACUACACUUUGAGCUUUGUCUAGAUCCCGUGGAGGACAUUUCUGAUGAUGAUGUGGAGAACAUCCAACCUGCACCAGCUAGAAAGAGAGCACGGCCCCAGGCCAAACAGCAUCCACUUUCAUGGAAGACAGAAGGUGAUGCAGAUAUCACUCCACCACCACUGCAGUUUCUUCCUGCAAGGGAGCCUGGUGUGCAGCUGAGGGCAGAGGACAACCACACUCCUCUAGAUCUCUUCAAGAUCUUCGUUUCAGAGGAUGCUGUGGAAACCCUCUGCCACAACACCAACAAGCAAGCUGCCAGGAGCAUCGCUAGAGGUGCAAAGUACAGAUGGGUGGACGUUGGAGUUGCUGAAUUCUACAGAUUCUUUGGACUGAUAUUCUACAUGGGCAUGGUCAAGAUGAAACAAGUCAAUGACUACUGGAGGAGACACAGCAUCUUCACUCUUCCUUUCCCAGCACAGGCAAUUACAAGGGAUAGAUUCAGAACCAUCUUUUGGAAUGUGCACAUGAGUGACCCAGAUAAAAACAGAGAGAAUGAUGCCAAGAAAGGAACCUCAGCCCAUGACAAACUGUUCUGUGUCAAACCCCUCAUGUACACCAUCCAGAAUGCCUGUAAGGCAUUCUAUCAUCCCCGCAGGAACCUUUCUGUGGAUGAACGCAUGGUGGCUUCCAGAGGCCAUACUAUAAGACAGUACAUGAAGGACAAACCAACUAAGUGGGGCUUCAAGUUGUUUGUGCUCGCAGACUCCAGCAAUGGGUACACCUCUGACUUUUCUGUAUACACAGGAAAGAACAACUUCCCCACGGGUCAUGGCCUCUCUUAUGACUCUGUCAUGUCACUGACUAACAGAGGAUAUUUGGGGUCUGGAUACCACAUGUACAUGGACAAUUUCUACACCAGCCCAAAGCUUUUCAAGGACUUGUAUGCUGCCAAGUUUGGUGCAUGUGGAACAUACAGAGAAUCCCGGAGGGAUUGCCCACACAGUAACCUCAAUGCACUGACAAAGCAUUCACCCAGAGGAACAAUCCGCUGGAUAAGAGAUGGACCUGUUGUCUGUGUGAAGUGGAUGGAUACACAAGAGGUGUCUGUCUGCUCCACCAUCCAUGCUGCGUACACUGGGGAUGUAGUGCAGCGAAGAGUGAAAAGCAGAAAGGGUGUCUGGUCAACACAGUCUGUUCCAUGUCCCAAACCCGUAGUAGAGUACAACAAGUACAUGGGUGGUGUGGAUUUGUCUGACCAGUUGAUCCAGUACUUCACAGCACAGCACAAAACUGUGAAGUGGUACAAGAAGCUCUUUCUUCACUUCCUGGAUGUUGCUGCAACAAAUGCCUUCAUCCUCCACAAAGAACUCAUGCAAAACAUGCAGAAGGAAAGAAUGAGCCAGAAGCAAUUCAUGGAGGAGCUCACUGCACAGCUGUGUGGUGUACCCCUGACUUUUCAGCCCCCAAAGGCUCCUGUGCAGACAGCUGGAGAGACUCACAUGCCAGUUUGUGGGAUUGAGCUCAGCGCAGAUGGGAAGAGGGCCGCUGAUGGUCGUAGAGCCUGUGUGUACUGCAGGCGGCAGGGAAGGAAAACAAAAACUCUGUGGAAGUGCGAUACAUGUAUCGUCUACCUUUGCUUUCAGCAAGACAGAAACUGUUUUGUUGCUUGGCAUCGAGAUGAGAACUGCUAA